CAGCUCGCUUGCAGUCUGCAGGAGAGGGACCCGGGCGCGCAGGUGGAGACAGGCACACCUUUCUGCGCCUCGCUUCAACCUCACGCCCGGUUAGUUUGCGCAGAGCCGCUUCGGCUGCCGUUUAGCUGUCAGUAUGAGUAUGUACGGGUCCCAGAGCGGUCUGAACAGUAUGAGUUUGGGCCGCAGGGUCGGGUCCAGAGGUGACCUGGCUGGCGCCGGGAACGUCCAGUACUUUCAGGGAGGCGGUAACGGAUACGAGGCCUCCAUGGACGGAUACAACUACAACUUUUCAAAGUCCUCUGCAGGCGGAAUGAUGGGAACCAUGGGAGGCGGAAUGAUGGGAACCAUGGGAGGCGGAAUGAUGGGCAGUAGCAGCGGAUCGAUGACCGCUAAAGGCGGCGGCGGCAUGGGCAUGGGCAUGGGAGGCGGCACGCUGCCCGGGAAAGGCGGAAUGAGCGGCGCCAGCCUCGCUGCCAUCCACCAGAGAGCCAUGAUCCUGCAGGGCCAGUGCCAGGAGUACCUGCAGAAAGCUGAAUACGCCCUGCAGACUGGCAGUUCCCCGGGUGAUGCAGAGCGCUUCAUGAUGAUGGCUAAAGAGACCAUCGAGCAGCUGAAGAGCUGUGCCAUGGACCUGCGACAACUGGGACAGCCCAAUGACAACGUAGUCAGAUCUGUGGAAAUAUGUAGAGACCAGCUGAAGGGGGUCCAUAUGGCCAUCACAGGCAGCAUGCAGAGGAGGAGGAGCACCAGAGGAAGCAUCGGAGGAUCCUGGGAGGAGCCUGGAAGGAGCUUCCAAGACGCUAUGGGCUGGAUGUUACAGCAAAAGCGUCUGAUUGAAACAGCUUCAUGGGGAGACGUUCCUGAAGUCAUCGAUCAGCACAUCAUCAGCCAUCAGAAGUUUCACAACUCCAUCCAGAGGAGCGUCGAGCUGGACCGAGCCAGAGACGACCUGAUUAAGAAAGGAGACAAAGCAAAUCUUCAUGCUCUGGACCAAGAAUGGGACAGUUUACAGCAACUGUCCUAUGACCGGACGCAGCAGCUGCAGGAGCUCAAGGGAAUCAUUCAGGAAAUGUGCCAAGAGAUCAUGUGGGUGAACAGCAAGGAGGAAGUGGAGCUGGUGUUCGACUGGGGAGACAAGAACAUCGAGCAGUACAUCCCGCAGAAGCAGGAGAGCUACUCGAAACUGAUGAGCGCCCUCGAGGACAAAGAGAAGGAGCUGAAUAAACUGUUCACCAAAGUGGAUACUCUCCUGAAGAACAACCAUCCGGCUGCAGACAAGAUCGAGGCGUACAGGGACACUCUGCAGACUCAGUGGAAAUGGCUCCUUCAAAUAACCAAGUGCAUUGACAUCCAUCUGAAGGAGAACGCAGCGUACCAGCAGUUCUUCAAAGAGGCUAAUGAGACGUACAGCGCCCUGCAGAAGGAACACGAGACGGUCCGUAAGUCGUUUGUCUGUGAUAAGGACACUUCACUGGAGGACCUGCUGGAGCUGCUCAGAGGACUGGAGAGGGAGAAGGAGAAGAUCUUGGAAAACAAGAGGCAGGUUCAACAUCUGGCCAACAGGUCCAAGAGCAUCGUGAGACUGAAACCCAGAAACCCUGAAGAGAAGAGCAGCAGGCCCGUCAUCGUCAAAGCUCUGUGUGACUUCAAACAAGACCAUAAGGUGAUCCAGAAGGACAACGAGGCGAUCCUAAAGGACAACAGUCAACGCAGUAAGUGGGAGAUCACGGGCCCGGGUGGGCUGGAUAUGUCGGUGCCGUCUGUGUGCCUGAUCGUACCGCCUCCCAAUCCACUCAGCAUCAGCCUGGCCAACAAGAACGAGCAGUACUAUGAAGCCAUCCUGGCAAUCUGGAAUCAGCUCUACAUCAACGUGAAGAGCCUGACCGCCUGGCAGUACUGCCUCCUGGAUAUCAAACGCAUCAACUCUCUCACCAUCUCAAUGUUGGCCAAGAUGCGUCCUGAGGAAUACCGUCAAAUUAUCAAGAGCCUGGAGACUCACUUCGAGGAGUUCAAAGUGAGCUGCCAUGGCUCCCAGAUGUUUGGCGACGAGGAAAAGAAGUCGAUUGAGAACCAGAUCAGCGGAUCCCAGGCCCACUACGAACAGCUGGUGGCGAAGCUGCAUGUUUACAUCGAAAAUGAGGAUCAAAUGCAAGUGCAGGAAGUAGUGGAGCCGCAACAGCAGCAGCACUUCAUUUUAAUACAGCAGCAGCAUUCGCAGCAGCAACUACAGCAGCAGCAACUACAGCAGCAGCAACUACAGCAGCAGCAACUACAGCAGCAGCAGCUGCAGCAGCAACAACUACAGCAGCAGCAACUACAGCAGCAACAACUACAGCAGCAACAAGCCAAAGAGGAGGCCGCCAGGAGGCUGGAAGAGGAAAGACGAAGAGCGGCACAGAAAAGGCAGGAACAGAAGAAGGAAGUGGUUAUUAAGAGUGAGUGCGGGUCCAAGACGUCACAGAAGAAGGUGGUGUACGCCUCAUGGAGCUUAUCUGAACUGCACGCGCUCAGACUGAGGCUGGAGAACACCGAGGGAACACUGAGUCAGCACAUUCACAUCUGCCUCGGAGACGACGGGGUGCACGACUGUGGCCUCAAGAUCACCGAGUUGGAGAGGGUGCAGCGUGACAUCGACUCGAUGCGCGACGAGUACUUGCGUCUGAGGGAGCGUAUCCUGAAGGAGCUGGAGGGCAUGAAGGAUCCAGAUAAAGCCGAGUUCCUCCGCAGUGAGGUUUCAAUCAUCAACCAAAGACUGGGCAGUCUGGAGACCAGCUCGUCAGCUUACCUACAGAGGCUGCGGGCUCUGAGGGACAUGCUGCAGAGCGUGGCACAAGUUGAGGACAUAGUGAAAGUUUAUGAGGCGAGACUGGCGGAGAAAGAGACCACCUCUCUAACGCCUAGUGAGGUGGAGGAUUAUACGUUCACCCUGAAGAACAUGAAAGCAGAGCUGGAGCAGAAGAAGGAUGUUCUGAUCAGCAUGGAGGCAGAGUUGGCCAAGGUGAGCCACUGGAACAGUCAGGUGGACGGGUCUUCCUACAGGUGUGACAUGAUGGUGGCCAAAUACACUGAGCUGGUGAACUUGCUGACAGACCGCUGGAGACGGAUCGAUGGACAGAUCGACACCAGACUCCAGGAUUUGCAGUUGUAUGUCCCAGAGCUGCAGCACUACAAGCAAACCAGCGCCUCGCUCAUUGACUGGAUCGAUGCCACACGGAAAAAACAAGAUGCCCUGCAGGCCACCAAGAUAUCCAACAUCCAAGCACUGAUAGACCAUAUGAACAACCAGAAGGCCCUGAACACAGAAAUCAAACUGAGGAGGGAGACAGUAGACAGUGUGCUGAAGGACAACGUGGCCUGUGUGAACUGUAUCAAGGAUUACGAGACCGACCUCGCCGCUUACUCCUCCGGUUUGGAGACUCUGCUGCUCAACAGCCCCAUCAAGAGGACAAUGCUGAGGUCGCCAACGAUGGAUCUUAAUCUGGAGGCUACACAAAUGCAAACCCGUUACAUGGAGUUGCUUACCUCGUCUGGUGACUACUACAGGUUCCUGGGAGAGCUGCUGAAGAACAUGGAGGAACUGAAGAUUCGUAACACCAGGAUCGACUUGUUGGAAGAAGAACUUCGCCAGCUGAGGGAGGGCAUCCAAGACGGCAACAGCAAGAACAAAUCUCUGGAAGAGGCCCUCGCCCGCUACCAGUUGCAGCUGAACCAGUCACAGGAGCAGCUGCUGUCAAUGGAGGCAGUGCAGCAAACCUCUUCGAUGCAGUGUAGCGCCGCCAAGGAGAGCCUAGACAGCACACAGAGCCAGCUGUCAGACCUCAGCGAUCAGGUGGCGCGUCUCAACUACCUGCUCGAGGAAGAAAAGAGGAAGAGGAGGCUGGCAGAAGAGCGCUACACCCAGCAGCAGGAAGAGUACGACACCGUGCUGAGGAAGAGGCAGAAGGAGCUGGAGACGGUCAUCUGGUCCAAGAUGGAGAUAGAGAACAGCGUGGAAAGUAAGGACCAUGAAAUCGGUCAGCUGCGGCGGCAGCUGGCUGAGGAAGCAGCAAGGAUCAAAGAGCUACAGAAGGAGAUGUCAAAGGUAAGAAGCCAAUGCAGUAUGGAGAUUAAUAAGUUAAAGCUCAGCUACGAAUCCCAGAUCCACGUCAGCCGCACAGACAUCCAGAGGCUGGCAGCCCAGAAGGAGGAGGAUACUGCUGACCUCCAAACGCAGUGUGACAGGAUGGCUGCAGAGAGGAGGAGUCUGGAGGAGGAGCUCAGGAGGCUCAGGAUGUCCCUCAACGAAGCUGAGGAGCAAAGGAAGAGAGCAGAUGAAGAAGCUCACAGUCAGCGUGCUGUCAUCACAGAGGAAGGACGCCGGAGGAGAGAACUGGAAAGUCAGGUGGAGGCGCUGAUCAGGCAGAAAGACGACGAACGUAGCCAGUACGUGGAGGAGCUGGCUGAGAUCAGGAGGAGUCUGCAGGAGAAGUGCGAGGAGCUGACCUACCUAACACACAGUCUGGAGGAGGAGACCCGCAGAAGGAAAACCAUAGAGGAGGGGCACGGUGUGCUUGAACAGACUUUGGCCCAGAUGCAGGUGAAGCUAACCAGUUCAUCAGUGACUGCGACCCAGCUGGGCGAGUGUGAGGGGGAGCUUCAGAAGAUACGAUUAGAGCUGGAGAGGGAGAGCAAGGAGAAAAGCAGAGUAGAACAGAACAUGAGCAGGUUACAGGGGCGCAUGAAGGACCUUCAGGCUGUGAGAGACGGGCUGGAGAGCCAAGUGGAGAAUCUGAGGAAGGCUAACCAAGAGGAAGUGGCCAGAAGAAGACAGGUAGAAACAGAGCUGGAAAAGACCGCCACAUCCAUGAAAGAGUACAUCAGCACCAUCACCACGCUACGCCAGAGCCAAGACCAGUCCACCAUAUCGGAAAGGAUAGGUGAAGAAGAGCGCCUUCGUCUGCAGGAAGAGCUGGAGAUGAGCUUGAGACAAAACAAGACAUCUGCAGACCGCAUGAUGCAGCUCGGCGCAGAACUGAAGGCCCUGCAGCAGCAACUCCUCCAGGAGCAGGCCAGAGUCAAAGAGGCAAACCUGAGGAACGAGGGUCUCUACAGAACUAUAGAGGAGAGAAGUAAAGCACUGAAUGAGAACUCUACUGAGCUUCAAAGACUGAAGACGAUGACAGAAACUCAGACCAAAGAGAGGUUGAAGCUGGAGGAGGAACUAAGGGCAGUACGACAUGAGAGAGAAGAACUGUUGAUAUCCAGACAGGGAUGUAGCGACGAGCUCUCCUCCCAGAUUAAUGCUCUGGAGCUGCAGCUGCAGGCCAGUGAGCGCAGCAAUGUAGAUUACCGCAACCUGGUCUCAGAGCUUUCCUCAGAGAGGGAGAAACUGAAGCUGGAAGCUGAGAAAAUCCAAAACCAAGCCACCGAGACAACAUCCACGAUACAAUCCAUGCAGUCCAAGUAUAAUGACAUUGUGAUGGAGAGAGAUUCUCUGUUGCUGAAACUUCAAUUGUCAGAAAAGGACAGUGAUCGGUAUCAAAGGCUAGAGGAGGAGCUCAGUCGCAUUAAACUGUCUCUAGAGACUGAGCUUCGCGCUAAACAACGUAUUCAAGAGGAGAACGACAGGUUCAAGAGGGAUUUAGGCUACUGGAAAGACCAGUAUGAGAGUAAGCAGGGCAUGAUCAGGCAAUAUGACACAGACAAGGAACGUCAGGAGAAGGAAAAGAACACUCUGAAAAAUGAAAUAGAGAGGCUGAUGAGGGAACUCAGGGAGCUUGAGGAGACAUAUAAAAGUAAGCUGUCAGCCAUCCAGAGGGAACUGCGAGAGGUGACCCUUGUCAGACAAACCAUGGAAGCUGAGCUGAAGAGAGCUAAAGAGCCCCCAACCUUGGAUGCCUCUAACGUGGUUUUUGAUGGAGUCCGCAAGCCAGUCACAGCGGACAAGUUGCUUGACUGUGGUGUUUUGGACAAGCCAACUUUUGGCCAGCUUGUGAAUGGACAUAAGUCUGUCCAUGAUGUGUCUGUUGACAAAAAAAUCAAUCUAAAAGGGACAGGCCCAAUAGCCGGGGUGAUAAUUGAAGGUCCAAAAGGUCCAGGGUCUAUCGCUGGACCCCUAUCCAAAAUGACUUUGACCGAAGCCAAGAGAGAGAAUCUCCUGCCACCAGAUAGCGCUGACCUGCUACUGGAUGCUCAGGCUGCCACUGGCCACAUUAUUGACCCCAGGACUAAUCAGAAGUUGACAGUUGAUGAGGCAUUUAAUCAAGGUGUGAUUGAUGAAGAAGAUAGAGAGAGGCUGCUGGCAGCAGAAGCUGCAGCUGUGGGAUAUCGUGGUCCUGGCACAAGCAAACCCCUUUCAGCAUUUCAGGCCAUGAAGAAAAGACAGAUUGACCGAGACACAGCACUGCGUCUUCUGCAAGCCCAGGAGUCUGUGGGGGGCAUCCUAGAUCCUGUGCUCAGUGUGUUCCUUCCCAGAGACACAGCCAUUGAGCGUGACUUAAUUGAUAAUGACAUAUCUCGAGCUCUGAAUCAGAGGCCUGAGCUCUACCUGGACCCAGAUAGUGAAGAGGGUGUAACCUAUAUGGCAUUGAAAAGGAGAUGCAAAGUAGAGCCACACACAGGCCUUCUGCUUCUGCCUGUCCCUGAGAAGGUAGACCCCUCCAAACUUGUCUUUGAAGGUGUUCGGAAACCUGUCACAGCCAAGCAGCUGGUUGAUUGUGGUGUGCUUGACAAGCCAACAUUUAAAGAUCUAGAAAAAGGAAAGAAAACUGUCCCAGAAGUAUCUGCAGACAAAAAUGUUAAUCUGAAGGGGACUGGGCCCAUUGCUGGAGUUGUAGCUGGGAAUGAAGGCAAAAUGUCUUUCUCAGAAGCCAAGAAAAAGAUGCUCAUGUCUGAUGAUAGUGCAGAUUUGCUAUUGGAAGCCCAGGCUGCCACAGGUCACAUCAUUGACCCCAGAAACAAUGAGAAGCUGACAGUAGAUGAGGCAUGUGCCAAAGGGGUCGUAGACAUAAGAGAUCGAGACAAAUUAUUGGCAGCAGAAGCUGCUGCUGUUGGAUACAACGACCGUAGUGCGGCCAAGCCUCUCUCAGUGUUUGAGGCCAUGAAGAAGGGAGUAAUUGACAAAAAGACAGGGGUACGCCUGCUGCAGGCUCAGGAGUCUGCAGGAGGCAUUCUAGAUCCCAAUCUCAGUGUGUUCCUCCCCAAAGAUACAGCUAUCAAGCGUAACCUUUUGGAUGAAAACCUCCAUCAAGCUCUAAAUCAGAGUCCCGAGUGUUACCUUGACCCAGAAACUGAACGUGAUGCUGCUUAUGGAACACUGAAGAAAAGAUGCAAGACAGAGCCUCACACAGGUCUGCUCCUUCUGCCAGUCACUGCGAAGCUAGACGCUUCAAAACUGAUCUUUGACGGUGUCCGCAAGCCAGUAACAGCACAGCAGCUGCUUGACUGUGGGGUCCUGGACAAACCAACAUUUAACCAACUAAUAAAGGGGGAGAAAACUGUCCCAGAGGUGUCUCUGGUUAAGAAAGUCUUUCUAAAGGGGACAGGCUCAAUCGCUGGUGUGGCACCUGGACCUUUAGGGAAAAUGUCCUUUACAGAGGCAAAGAAACAGAUGCUCAUACCUCCAGAUAGUGCAGACUUGCUACUGGAUGCCCAGGCUGCCACAGGCCACAUCAUUGACCCCGCAAGCAAUCAAAAGUUUACUGUUGAGGAAGCAUGUGCCAGAGGAGUGGUGGAUAAUAGGGAUAGAGAAAGACUCUUAGCAGCAGAAGCUGCUGCUGUGGGGUACAGGGAUCCUAGCACAGGUAAGCCUCUUUCAGUGUUUGAGGCAAUGAAGAAGGGAGUAAUUGACAGGAAGACAGGGCUACGUUUGCUACAGGCCCAGGAGUCUGCAGGGGGCAUUUUGGAUCCCAACCUCAGUGUGUUCCUUCCCAGAGACAUAGCUAUAAAGCGCAGCCUUUUGGAUGAGGACCUCUGUCAUGAACUAAACAAGAAGCCCGAGUGUUACCUUGACCCAGACACAGAGCAUGACACCAGCUAUGGGGCAUUAAAGAAAAAAAGCAAAACAGAGUCUCACACAGGUCUGAUACUUCUGCCAAUCACUGAGAGGAAAGACCCUUCCAAACUGAUGUUUGAUGGCGUCCGCAAGCCAGUCUCAGCACAGCAAUUAUUUGAUUGUGGAGUCCUUGACAAGCCAACAUUUAACCAGCUAGCAAAAGGGGAGAAAACUGUUCCAACAGUGUCUUCGGAAAAGAUGGUCUAUCUAAAGGGCACUGGAUCCAUUGCUGGAGUGAUAGUUGGACGUCAAGGCAAAAUGUCUUUCUCAGAAGCCAAGAAACAGGAUCUUCUGUCUGAUGAUUGUGCAGAUUUGCUAUUGGAAGCCCAGGCUGCCACAGGUCACAUCAUUGACCCUAAAACUGAUCAGAAGCUGACAGUAGAUGAGGCAUGUGCCAGAGGGGUGGUAGACAUCAGGGAUCGAGACAGAUUAUUGGCAGCAGAAGCUGCUGCUGUUGGAUACAAGGAUCGUAGUGCGGCCAAGCCUCUCUCAGUGUUUGAGGCCAUGAACAAGGGGCUGAUUGACAAGAAGACAGGGGUACGCCUGCUGCAGGCUCAGGAGUCUGCGGGAGGCAUUCUAGAUCCCAAUCUCAGUGUGUUCCUCCCCAAAGAUACAGCUAUCAAGCGUAACCUUUUGGAUGAAAACUUCUGUGGUGUGCUUAAGCAGAAUCCUGCUUCUUACCUUGACCCAGAAACAAAUCGUGAUGUCAGCUAUAGUGCUUUGAAGGAAAGAUGCAAGACAGAGCCCCACACUGGCCUACAAUUUCUACCACUCUCUGAGAAGGCUGACCCCUCCAAAUUACUCUUUGAUGGUGUCCGUAAGACAGUAACAGCACAGCAGUUGCUUGACUGUGGGGUCCUGGACAAACCAACAUUCAACCAACUAAUAAAGGGGGAGAAAACUGUCCAAGAUGUUUCUGUGGAUAAGAAGGUCUUUCUAAAGGGGACAGGGGCAAUUUCUGGUGUUGUAUCUGGACCUUUAGGGAAAAUGUCCUUUACAGAGGCAAAGAAACAGAUGCUCAUGCCUCCAGAUAGUGCAGACUUGCUACUGGAUGCCCAGGCUGCCACAGGCCACAUCAUUGACCCCGCAAGCAAUCAAAAGUUUACUGUUGAGGAAGCAUGUGCCAGAGGAGUGGUGGAUAAUAGGGAUAGAGAAAGACUCUUAGCAGCAGAAGCUGCUGCUGUGGGGUACAGGGAUCCUAGCACAGGUAAGCCUCUUUCAGUGUUUGAGGCAAUGAAGAAGGGAGUAAUUGACAGGAAGACAGGGCUACGUUUGCUACAGGCCCAGGAGUCUGCAGGGGGCGUUUUGGAUCCCAACCUCAGUGUGUUCCUUCCCAGAGACAUAGCUAUAAAGCGCAGCCUUUUGGAUGAGGACCUCUGUCAUGAACUAAACAAGAAGCCCGAGUGUUACCUUGACCCAGACACAGAGCAUGACACCAGCUAUGGGGCAUUAAAGAAAAAAAGCAAAACAGAGUCUCACACAGGUCUGAUACUUCUGCCAAUCACUGAGAGGAAAGACCCUUCCAAACUGAUGUUUGAUGGCGUCCGCAAGCCAGUCUCAGCACAGCAAUUAUUUGAUUGUGGAGUCCUUGACAAGCCAACAUUUAACCAGCUAGCAAAAGGGGAGAAAACUGUUCCAACAGUGUCUUCGGAAAAGAUGGUCUAUCUAAAGGGCACUGGAUCCAUUGCUGGAGUGAUAGUUGGACGUCAAGGCAAAAUGUCUUUCUCAGAAGCCAAGAAACAGGAUCUUCUGUCUGAUGAUUGUGCAGAUUUGCUAUUGGAAGCCCAGGCUGCCACAGGUCACAUCAUUGACCCUAAAACUGAUCAGAAGCUGACAGUAGAUGAGGCAUGUGCCAGAGGGGUGGUAGACAUCAGGGAUCGAGACAGAUUAUUGGCAGCAGAAGCUGCUGCUGUUGGAUACAAGGAUCGUAGUGCGGCCAAGCCUCUCUCAGUGUUUGAGGCCAUGAACAAGGGGCUGAUUGACAAGAAGACAGGGGUACGCCUGCUGCAGGCUCAGGAGUCUGCGGGAGGCAUUCUAGAUCCCAAUCUCAGUGUGUUCCUCCCCAAAGAUACAGCUAUCAAGCGUAACCUUUUGGAUGAAAACUUCUGUGGUGUGCUUAAGCAGAAUCCUGCUUCUUACCUUGACCCAGAAACAAAUUGUGAUGUCAGUUAUAGUGCUUUGAAGGAAAGAUGCAAGACAGACCCCCACACUGGCCUACAAUUUCUACCACUCUCUGAGAAGGCUGACCCCUCCAAAUUAAUCUUUGAUGGUGUCCGUAAGACAGUAACAGCACAGCAGUUGCUUGACUGUGGGGUCCUGGACAAACCAACAUUCAACCAACUAAUAAAGGGGGAGAAAACUGUCCAAGAUGUUUCUGUGGAUAAGAAGGUCUUUCUAAAGGGGACAGGGGCAAUUUCUGGUGUUGUAUCUGGACCUUUAGGGAAAAUGUCCUUUACAGAGGCAAAGAAACAGAAAAUUAUGCCUUCUGACAGUGCUGACAUGCUACUGUAUGCUCAGGCAGCCACGGGCUACAUUCUUGACCCCAGAAAAAAUCAAAAACUGACAGUAAAAGAAGCAUGUGCGAGAGGAGUAGUCGAUAAAAAGGAUGAAUCGAUGUUGUUUGCAGCUGAAGGUGCUGCUGUAGGUUACAGAGACCCAAAUACUGCCAAACUCCUGUCAGCUUGCCAGGCCAUGAGAAAGGGAUUAAUCGACAAGGACACAGCUCUACGUGUACUUCAGGCUCAACAGUCUGUGGGGGGUAUUUUGGACCCUGCCCUGAGUGUGUUCCUACCCAAAGACAUUGCUAAGGAGAGGGGCCUCAUAGAUGAAGAGCUAUACGAGGCCCUGAAUCAGUGUCCCCAGUGCUAUCUAGAUCCAGACACCCAACAGGGGACUACAUAUGUCUCUUUAAAGAAAAAAAGCAAAACAGAUCCAAGCACAGGUCUGUUGCUUCUGCCUGAACCUAAAAAGCCAUUAACUGUCCAGGGACUCAGGGGCAAGGUGUUGGUCAUAGAUCUAGUAGAUGCAAACCUACUGGCAGGUUCUGAUAUGGACCAACUUAGGGAUGGUAGAUUGACAAGCCAGGAUAUUGAACACCGUCUCCACCCCUACCUGAGAGGUUCUACUUGCAUAGCAGGAGUUUAUAAUGAGGCCAAUGAUAAGACAAUGUCCAUCUAUCAGGCCAUGAAAGAAGGACUGUUGCGACCCGGGACCACUCUGGAACUUCUCGAGGCCCAGGCUGCCUCUGGCUUUGUAGUUGAUCCUGUCAACAACCUUUACCUCACUGUUAGUGAUGCCUACAGUAAAAGACUAUUCGGGCCAGAGUAUAAGGACAGCCUCCUAUCAGCAGAGAGGGCUGUGACUGGUUACAAACUGCCUGGUACAGACAAGAUUAUUUCCCUCUUUCAGGCCAUAGAGCGAGGUCUAGUGGAGAAAGGUCAUGGCAUCCGUCUGCUUCAAGCCCAGAUUGCAAGUGGUGGUAUCAUUGAUGCUGAACACGGCCAUCGUAUUGACACAAACGUAGCCUACAAGAGAGGUUACUUUGAUGAGAAAAUGAACAAGAUCCUGAAUGAUCAGAGUGAUGACUCUAAGGGUUUCUUUGACCCAAAUACAGAGGAAAAUCUAACAUAUAUGGAGCUUAAAAAACGCUGUAUCACAGACAAGAAGACUGGCCUCAUCCUUUUGCCUAUCAUAGACAUAAAGAAGAAAGAAUCAACUCUGAAGAACACUCUGAGAAAGAGGAGAGUGGUAAUUGUGGACCCAGAGACCAAUAAAGAGAUGACAGUACGUGAAGCAUAUGACAAAAAGUAUAUUGACUACAACACCUACUUGGAGCUGUCUGAGCAGGAGUGUGAGUGGGAAGAGAUCACCAUUACUGCUCCUGAUGGUUCCACACGGUUUGUCAUUAUUGACAGGAAGACUGGAAGACAGUAUGAUAUCACUGAGCUGAUUGAACAGGGAGUAAUUACUCAAUCAGAUCUAGAUCAGUACAGAUCACGCACCAUCACCCUUACUCAAUUUGCAGAUAUCAUAACCGGCAAGACCAAAUCUGGAUCAUCAUUCUCAUCAUCAUCUUCAAAUCAAUCAUCAUCAUCAUCUUUGGGUUCAUCAUCAGUGACAACAUCAACAACAUUAAGAACAAUGAAAACCACAGUGCCAUCGUCAGUUACAUCGUCGUCAUCAUCAUCUUUGGGUUCGUCCUCAGCGACAACCUCAACAAAAUUAAGAACGAUGGAAACCACAGUGCCAUCGUCAGUUACAUCGUCGUCAUCAUCUUUGGGUUCAUCCUCAGCGACAACCUCAACAACAUUAAGAACAAUGGAAACCACAGUGCCAUCAUCAGUUACAUCGUCGUCAUCAUCAUCAUCUUUGGGUUCAUCCUCAGCAACAACCUCAACAACAUUAAGAACAAUGGAAACCACAGUGCCAUCGUCAGUUACAUCGUCGUCAUCAUCAUCAACGGUCAUGUCAAGAGCUUUGUCACCAACUCUUUCCAAGAUGACCACAACAAGAACUACCACUGUCACAGAGCGGAGUGGCUCAUUCAGCAGUGUAUCUCAAGACUCAACCGACAGCCUUAGGGGUAUAUCCAGUAUCUCUAUCACUCUGGCCUCCCCUCUUGAAGCAGUGGGUGAGCAGGAACCCGUGGGUGCCAUCUUUGACACAGACUCUGUUGAGAAGAUAACCAUCACAGAGGGUCUAAAUCGUGGUCUGGUGGAUUCCAUCACUGCCCAGAGACUACUGGAGGCCCAGGCCUGCACUGGAGGAAUUGUUAAUCCCACAAAUGGCAAAAGGUUAGGCAUCCAAGAGGCCGCCCGCCAAGGUAUCAUAAAUGACGACAUGGCCUCUAAGCUCAAGCUUGCGCAGAAAGCCUACGUUGGCUUUGAGGAUGUAAAAGUCAGGAAAAAGAUGUCUGUCGCUGUAGCUAUGAAGGAGAUGUGGGUGCCAUAUGAAGCAGGGCAGAGGUUCAUGGAGUUCCAGUUUGCGACAGGAGGGCUUUAUGACCCAGAAGUGGACUGUAGAAGAUCCUUAGAUGAAGCUUUGAGAAUGGGCUGGCUGGAUGUAAAAGCAGCCCAGAAGCUGCAAAACCUCAACCAUCAUUCAAAGAUCCUGACCUGCCCCAAGAGCAAACUUAAGAUCUCUUACAAGGAGGCUCUGGAUAAUUGCUUGGUGGAGGAAAGCACUGGGGUAAAAAUGCUCCAGGCAUCAUCCGUGUCUUCCAGAGGAAUCAGCAGUCCUUACAAUUUCUCCUCUGCCCCAGGAUCAAGGACCGGCUCCAGGAGUGGCUCAAGACAAGGCUCUCGCAGGAGCAGCAUAGACUUGGGCUCCCCCAGCUCAUCUCGCUACAGUCAAUCUAGCUUUCUCUCCUUCUCCUCAUCCAUCAAAUAAAUCAAGAAAAGAACCUGCACAUUCAUAAUCAUUUCUUAAAAAUGAACCAGAAGAAUAUUUUGAUUGUUCAGAAAAUAACUUUGGAAAAUGUGUUUUGUAUGUGGGUAAAAAAAAGAAAAAAAAGAAUUUAUAAUACAUACUUUUAGAUUUUAGCUUCGGUGUUGCUAUGCUUUUAAAAUGCUAUAGUUGCUGUAGUUCAAAUGAUGAUGAAAAUAACAUGACCAAGAUUAUGUUUGUGGAAACAGACUAAAGUAUUAUUGGUAACCAUCUUGUAUUUGGAUUGAAAAUAAAAUGUAUAAAAAUAAUUAUUGGUGUCAGGAUUAGAAAUGUUCUGGCAUGAACAUCAAGUUUAUUUUUCAAAGUCUUCAUGGAAUUUCUUUUUAAGCUUUGCAUUGGUAACAUAAUGGUAUCAUGUUUACAUUCAUUUCACAUCUAAAAUGUCUGUUUUGUGAGGGGGAGGGAUUUAAGGUUGGGUUACAUAUAUUCAUUCACAUGAUUACUUUUUUUUUUUACUGCUGAAUCAGCUGUUAACCAUUGUUUUUUUUUCUUGCUGUUAGUGCUUCUGGUUUUGUAACAACUUCUCAAGAUAUCAAAAUAAAAGCUAACCAUUUGCUCAUAUGG